UCCCAACAGCUGACGCCAUUCGCCCGCGAAAUGAAUAUAACCACUACGUUUCGCCAGUAAGUCUGAAGGCAACGCGCACGGUGUUACGGAAUUUUGUUUAUUACGCAAGUAUCCAGCUGUUUCAUUGAUGUUUACUCUGAUUUGUGAUCUCUUUCUGCUCUGGAUUUUGUGAAGAAAAAAUGGUUCUUACAGUGAAUUCUAAAUUGGUAUUGCCCAUAGUGCUUGGUGUUGGUUCGGCUGUGGUUUUAGUAACAGUCCUUGCCAAUUGCUUAUGGGGCAAAAAAUCGAAAAAGGAAAGCAAAAAGAAUCCAAUUACAUUAGUUGAUCCUAAUGUCAAAUAUGCAUUACCACUUAUAGAUAGAGAAGAAAUCAGCCAUGACACAAGACGCUUUAGAUUUGGGCUUCCUUCACCUGAUCAUAUUCUUGGGUUACCAAUUGGCCAGCACAUCCAUUUGUCAGCAAAAAUCGAUGAUGACCUUGUGAUCAGAGCGUACACCCCAGUGUCGAGCGAUGAGGAGAAGGGUUAUGUUGAGUUAGUGAUUAAGGUAUAUUUCAAAAAUGUCCACCCCAAAUUCCCCGAUGGUGGUAAACUGUCUCAAUACUUGAAUAACAUGAAACUGAAUGACACAAUUGACGUGCGAGGCCCCUCUGGUAGACUGCAGUAUGUUGGCAAUGGAACAUUCCUCAUCAAGAAACUCAGGAAAGACCCGCCAACAAAAGUUGUAGUUAAAAAACUAAACAUGAUUGCAGGUGGCACUGGCAUCGCUCCAAUGCUUCAACUCAUCCGACACAUAUGCAGUGAUGCCAACGACUCCACAGAAAUGAGAUUAUUGUUCGCCAAUCAAACCGAAGAUGAUAUAUUGCUAAGGAACGAGUUGGAGAAGUACCAGAGUGAACGCCCAGCACAGUUCAAAUUGUGGUAUACUGUCGACAGGCCGACUGAAGGAUGGAAAUUCAGCAGUGGCUUCAUUAACGACGAGAUGAUUCGUGACCAUCUAUUCCCGCCUGCAGAUGACGUCAUUGUGCUCAUGUGUGGGCCGCCGCCCAUGAUCAACUUCGCUUGCACCCCGGCCCUCGACAAACUUAAUUAUAAACCUGAACUACGUUUCGCGUAUUAGUUCCAUAUAGGUAAAUUAUCAAAUAGUAGUUUGAGUACAUAGUGGUAUAGCUUCGAUUUACGUUGGAUUUGAUAGUGUUGGUUAUAAGAUUUAACAGUUCAGUGUGAGAUCGAUGUGUGCGUUAUGCAGUGCUUCGUGAAUCGAAGUCAUGGUUGGCAUUGCUACUAAUGGAGCUUGCCAAGUAAGUUGUUUCCUAGGUCAUUAAUACAUAUAAAUAGAAAAUAUUUGUUUUUUUUUUAAUCAGUUGACUAAGUUAUCCAUUAUGUUCAUAACUCUUUUAGAUAAUUAUAUUUAUAAUAGUGUAGAACAAAGGUACCUUACCAUUGUUUGUUGUAGUUUUGAUGAAUAAAUGUUAAAAUAUGUGCAUAUGUAUUUGACUGUAUAUUUUUCUGUCUGAAACUAUCAUGGGAACAAAAUUGUGACUAGCUAUAUAAGGUCACCUCGACGUUGCUUUACUAAAUGAAACCACACCACCAACUACUCAUCUUAAUUGUAAAAUUUUACAAGUCACAAUAAUCGUCAGUACAUCAUUAAAAAUAUUGAAAUAUAUUAAAAUACCCGCCACGCACACACCAUGUUCGUAGUAAAAACAAGUGAUCAAAAUAUCAAAAAAUUAGAGACGAGAUUUUUUUUUUAAAUGUUCGUUGU